UAUAAAUGCUAUUUAAUUAUAUUUGUUUAAUUAAUAAGUAAAUAUUUGUGUAAACAAAAUGGGACGAUACGGUGUUUUAAAGGGUUUGUACGAUGUUGAAAAGACAAUAGGAUGUGGAGGAUUUGCAAAAGUAAAAUUAGCAACACACUUAGCAACUGGAGAAAAAGUUGCUAUUAAAAUAAUGGAAAAAUCGAAAUUGGGAAAUGAUUUACCAAGAGUUAAAUUAGAAAUUGAAGCACUUAAAAAUUUAUCUCAUCCACAUAUUUGUAAAUUAUAUCAGGUAAUAGAAACAGACACACAUAUUUAUAUGAUAAUCGAGUAUUGUUCAGGCGGUGAAUUGUUUGAUCAUAUUGUGGAAAAAAAUCGUUUAACAGAAUCAGAAAGUCGAAAAUUUUUUCGACAAAUCGUAUCAGCAGUUGCUUAUUUACACAGCUUAGGUUAUGCACAUCGUGAUUUAAAACCCGAAAAUGUAUUAUUAGAUAAAAAUGAAAAUUUAAAAUUAAUUGAUUUUGGUCUUUGCGCACGACCAAACGGUGGAAUGGAUUGCCCUCUGUACACAUCUUGUGGAUCACCAACAUAUGCUGCGCCAGAGUUAGUUUUGGGUAAAGAGUAUUUAGGAUCCGAAGUUGAUGUAUGGUCAAUGGGUGUGUUAUUGUAUGCGCUUCUGGCGGGAUAUUUGCCAUUUGAUGAUCAAAAUAUCGAAAAUUUAUACAAAAAAAUUUUGCGUGGUAAAUAUGAAGAACCUUCAUGGAUGUCACACCAAAGUAGAAUGUUAAUCAAAUCAAUGCUACAAAUCAAUCCGAAGCAGCGUAUUAAAGUCACUGAAUUAUUAUCACAUCCAUGGUUAACAAUUGGUAUAUUGAAUCCUGUUGAAAUAAUUACUGAACGUUCUGAAAAAGAUGAAGAUUGUGUGAAUACAAUGGCUGCUAAGAGCAAAACAACCUCAGAUCAAAUGUGGUCAAAAUUAAAUUCUUGGGCAUACGAUUAUGAUACGGCAACAUACUUGCUACUGUUAUCAAGAAAACGACGAGGUUUACCAUUAAAACUUUCAAGUUCAUCAAGUUUAAAGAAUUGUGAUACCGAUUCAAAAAUGAAAAGAGAUAUGUACAGUGUCACACCACCGAGCCCACCACGAAAAGUCAGUAUAAAUAUUCAAACAUCGCCUGAUACACCUCAUACAAAAACGUAUAAAGAAAAUCAAUCAACUAAAGUGACACCAACAGUAUUAAGCCCAAAUGAAAACUUUAUUGAACCUAGAAAACCGUCCAGUAUUCGUAAGCCAUUAAAACGGAUACGCACACCAAAUUUGGAUGGAGAUCAUUCACCAAUUCCAACAAAAAUUACUCCUGGCAAAACUGGCAAACCUACUGAAAAGUCUUCAACACCCGUACCAUCUGAUACAACACCAACAAAAGGACGUAAUACAGUAAUGGACAGCAUUGAGAAAUCAUUUAAUAUGGUACGACAUGUAUUGACACCACGACGACAUGGACAUAGAUUUAUUAAUAUUGAUAAUGCAUCAACUGAUUCAUUUCAACCAGCCAUUUUAUCUGGAAAGGGAUUGUGUAAUUUAUCUACAACAUCGUGUACCGAUCCGGAUUAUGUGCUUGAGUUGUUGAAGAAGGCAUUACAUUCGAAAGGAAUACAAUGCUUCCAAAAAGGGUAUCGUUUGCGUGGAAAAUGCGAAUACACAUCAAAUUCUAAAGCGUCUGGUAAUAAUACUUCAGGAGGAGCACCUUGUUCGUUUGAAUUAGAAGUUUGCUUAGUACCAUGUGUAGGGGGUUGCAGCAGUGCGUCAACAAAACCAUCAACACCAAAAACACCUUCACGUGUCUUUUCCAAAACACCCAAUUCAAAUAAAACACCAAAUAACAGUAAUAAAAGUACCCCAAAUAAAUCCACAGGAAUUACGUCGUCCACUGUUGUUGGUAUCCGCCGAAAACGUUUGAAAGGUGAUUCAUGGAGAUAUAAAAAUGUGUGUGAAGAGGUGUUAGCUUUAGCUGCAAUUGAUUUGAAUACAAAAAAUAAUCUUAAACCCAAUGAUGCAAUUGAGCAAUUAGUCUAAUCUUGAUUUCUUAUGCUCUUUUCUUGUCGCCACUCAAAUCAUAUGGAAAUUGAAUAUAUUUGAAGUUUGGGCACUUUGUAAUAUUGGACUUGAUGGAAAGCUACCUAGAAACCUUGCACUUCUCGUUCAUUUAUCUAUUUAUUUUGUUGCCUUCAAAAUAGGUCUCCCAUUUGACGCAUAAAGUUACCCAUAACAUUUCUAGUCUUUGAAAAACAUUCUAUAGGCAGUUUUUGGGUUCUCUAUAUCAAUAAUUCUUAAUUUAAUCUAGGCUAAAGAUAUAUUGCAGAUGAGUAAGUGUCUAGAGAUAGAAGAUGUGUGGAAAUUUACUUUUAUGUUAGUAGGACAAAAUUUUUGCUCCAUAAAACUGCUGCUUACGCAAAGCUGUACGCAAGCAUAAACCACUAACUUCCGUAUGAAGUUCAAACAUGUUGUUUAUUUAAUAUUAUUACCUAUUAAUAGAGCCAACUAAUACCGUUGGCUUCACAACUGGGAACCGGUGGGUGCAACUAUUUAAUUUCCAUAAGAUUUGAAGCGGAUUUUUAUUAUCUUUCAAAAUAUACCCAGAAUAUUUUUUAAUUACUUUUACUAAUUGCGAUGAGAAUUUGUCGAUUUGUUAUGAAAAAAAAGCAGAGAGAGAGCAUUCGAAUAGAAUUUUGUUCGAAUACAACGACAUAAUUUCAGGAUAUUUGAGCUUUUGCAUUUUAAAUUAUUGUGCGUUUUAAAAGUCGUACCUGUUAGCUAGUCUAAUAAUUUUCCUUAUCAUGUUCAUAUUUUUUUUAAAUCGUAUU